AUCGUGAGGGCCGCCGCACGCGUUUAUUUGGAAUCAUACACUAGUAUACUCAUGGUUGACAAGGAUCGACUGUUUCUAGGAAGCAUUCUAUGGCCGAGAAGUAAUCGUCGCAGAUCGCGAUAUGGUCGAAACUGGUUCCGACAAAGUACUAUCUGACGCUAGGGAAGGGGACGUUGCGCUUCUGGUAGUAGGGGACCCUUUUGGCGCAACUACUCACACCGACAUCCUUCUGCGAGCACGCGAUCUGGACAUUCCGACUCAUAUAGUUCACAAUACGAGCAUUAUGAGUGCAAUAGGUGCCAGCGGACUGCAGCUAUAUAACUUUGGGCAAACGGUUUCGAUGCCGUUCUGGACAGAAAAGUGGAAACCCGAUAGUUGGUUAGAGAAAAUACUCGAAAAUGCUCGGAUCGGACUGCAUACACUGGUUUUACUGGACAUUAAGGUAAAGGAGCAAAGCGAGGAGAAUUUAGCAAGGGGCCGUAAGAUAUUCGAACCGCCCCGUUAUAUGUCUCCUGUUGUUGCACUUGAACAAAUAUUGGAGGCCGUAUCAAACUCGCCAUUGGUCUCCCAGACAAAGGGAUUCGAGUCUCAACAAUCUUAUCACAAAGGACUCCCGAAAGUCCUCUCGCCAUCGCAUACUCUAGCUCUUACGCUUUCUAGAGUAGGCACCCCUCAUCAAGGCAUCAAAGCAGGGACGCUUUCCGAUCUGGAAAAACUUUGCGAGGAAGACUUCGGACCGCCUUUGCAUUCACUUGUCAUUGUUGGGAGUCGACUGCACCCGGUAGAGGUUCGGUAUGCAGGGAAGUGGGCCAUCGAAGGAGGUAGUUGGGAACGGGUAGCAAGAGAAGUAUACGGGGUGAUCGACGAGUGAAGGAAAAAAGAAAAGAAAGGAAGCCUGCGCUGAUUAGCUUAGGAGUACCAUGUUUACAAUAUUACAAUAUCAUUCGGACAACUCCGCUAUUAUGUAAGUUAAUCGGACCCGUGACAUCCUGACAUCACUGCCAGUGCUUCUAUCUAGAGGCUGUUUCGUGCUCAAACUCUGUUCUACUUGAUCGCACUUCGGCUUCACUUUACACCUGUUGGGAUUUUGCAAUAGAUGUCUACCGGCGCGACGGCACAGGAUUCCGCUUGGAAGGACAAGGAACGUGGUGACGAGA